AUGCCUAUAGACCCUUCUAAAUGGCUUACUCAGCGUCAUAGACACCCGAGGAUAGGCCCCGCUUAUCAAGCAGCAAUCCCUGCCUUUGAAGGCUCUCCUCAGCCUCAGGUUCCUGUGCGUUGGUUAGGAGAAGGAGCAGCAGCAGCAGCAGCUGCUGCUGCUGCUGCUCCUGCUGCUGCUGGAGCUGGAGCCCCAAGUGCAGCAGAUGCAGCAAACGGCAGGCACUUGCAGCAGAGAGGCAGCAGCAAAGCUGCUGCUGCUGCUGCUGCAGCAGCAAACAGACAAACCAAUGGGACGCCCUCUAGGCCUGUUACUAGGAAGAUGAUGGCUGCAGCAGCAAGAAGCACAGAGCAGCAGCAGCAGGAGCAGCAGCAGGAGCAGCAGCAGGCAGCAGCAGGAGUAGCUUUCUCUGCUUGUCUCCUUGAUGAAGCUGCCAGGGAAUUAAGAGAGGGCUCUGCUGAUGUGUGCAUGCAGACCUUCUCUGCUGCUCUACCUGCAGCAACAGACAGCAGCAGCAGCAGCAGCAGCAGCAGUGCUUACGCACCGGCAGAAGCACCAGAAACAACAAUAAACCCAGCAGCAGAAGCAGCAGCAGCAGCAGCAGCAGCGCAGGAUGCAGAGACUUGUGGUCGCCUGGAGGCGGUUCUUUCAUGUACAGCAGAAGAAGCAGCAGCAGCAGCAGAAGCAGCAACAGAAGCUGCAGCAGCAGCAACAGAAGCAGCAGCAGAUGCAGAAACAGCAGAAGUACCAGCUACAGCAGCAGUAACAGCAGCAGUAGAAGCAGCAGCAGCAGAAGAAGAAACAGCAGCAACCGAAGAAGCUGCUGAGGCUACAUCCGCAGCAGCAGCAGCAGCAGCAGCAGCAACAGCAGAAAAGCUAGCAGCACUUGCAGCAGCUUGUGUGCCUCCCCUUGGGAAGCACGAAUUAGAGGAGGAAGACAGCAGCAGCAGCAGCAGCAGCAGCAGCAGCAAUAUAAAGAAGCCGAAGCUGCUGUAA